UAAAUCCAAAAUCGACGGCAGAGAGGAGCCGCUGGACGCAAAAUUCAAAACCAACGGCAGAGAUUAGCCGCAGCCGGGAUGGGGACAGCGAGUCAGCCAGGCGUCACCCUCUUCCGAUGGUCGUCGUCGUAUUCUAUUUAGCACUCUCCACUUCCUGGGAGUGGUCGUCGUCGCCGUCGUCGUCGUCGUCUGCGAAAUUUGACAGCAAAUCCAAGCUCAGUCCUUUAAGGUGCGUGACGGUCGAAUUGCGAGGAAGGAAGAAGGGAUGAGCAGAUUGGCAAAGAGGGUGGCGUUGCUGUCCAGGUCGUCGUAUUCCGCUGCCGCUGCACCUCCUCCUCGUCGUCCCUCCUCCGCCGCCGCCUGGAGAUGGCUAGCUCCUGCUCGUCAUCAUGCCAUCGAACCCACCGCCCACCGCGACGCGGGGAUCGGUAGGAGGCACUACUCUUCGCCCUCCUCCUCCUCUGGGUACCACGUCAGCCCGUCGUCGUCGAUGAAGGGGGCCGUGUUCCGGGAUCCCACCCGCCCCCUCUCCCUCGAGCUCCUCCAAAUCCCUCGCCCCCAGCCCGGCGAGGUCCUCAUCCGCACCAAAGCCUGCGGGGUCUGCCACUCCGACCUCCACGUCCUCAAGGGCGAGCUCCCCUUCGCUUCGCCUUGCGUGGUCGGCCACGAGAUCACCGGCGAGGUCGUCGAGCAACACCCCCUCACCGAUCCCAAGAUCGUCCACAGAUUCCCAGUUGGGUCUCUCGUCGUCGGGGCCUUCAUCAUGCCCUGUGGCUCCUGCUUCCACUGCUCUAAGGGUCAUGAUGACCUGUGCGAGGAUUUCUUCGCUUAUAACCGUGCGCAGGGCACCCUUUACGACGGCAAUACUCGCCUUUUCCUCCACGGCACUGGUGAACCUGUUUAUAUGUAUAGUAUGGGAGGGUUGGCUGAAUACUGCGUUGUGCCCGCAAAUGGAUUAGCUGUAUUGCCAGCCUCAUUGCCCUACUCGGAAUCUGCCAUUCUUGGCUGUGCAGUUUUCACUGCGUAUGGUGCUAUGACCCACGCAGCUGAGGUGCGUCCUGGGGAUUCCAUCGCUGUUAUUGGUGUUGGAGGUGUCGGAUCAAGUUGUUUGCAGAUAGCUAAGGCAUUUGGUGCCUCUGAUAUUAUUGCUGUGGAUAUCACUGAUGAAAAGUUACAGAAAGCUAAAAUUUUUGGGGCCACCCACACCGUGAAUGCAAUCAAAGAGGAUGCUAUUGAAAAGAUUAAGACAAUAACUGGAGGGAUGGGUGUUGAUAUUGCUGUAGAAGCUCUGGGAAAACCACAAACGUUCAUGCAGUGUGUACAAAGUGUUAGGGAUGGUGGAAAAGCCGUGAUGAUAGGACUUGCAAAAUCUGGUGCUGUGGGGGAGGUAGACAUAAAUCGACUUGUCCGCAGAAAGAUUAAAGUCAUUGGCUCGUACGGAGCAAGAGCAAGGCAGGAUCUUCCCAAGUUGGUCAAGUUGGCGGAAUCAGGGAUCUUCAAUCUCACCAGUGCAGUUUCAAGGAAAUACACAUUUGAAGAGGCUGGCAAAGCAUUUCAAGAACUUGACCAAGGGAAAAUUGUCAGCAGAGCAAUUGUCGAGAUAAUGUAGUCCAUCACUCCUACACUCAGCUCUUGAUGCUUGUUAAAAUGUGUGAAUUUGCAGGUUAGUGAUCAGAACGCACCUUAACUUGAAUUGGCUGCUGUUUCUAAUAAACAGCCAAAAUCAACGAUAUUUUCUGCCCUUUUUAUACCUUGUAAUAUGGGUAUAUUGUGGCAUUCUGUGUGUGAAAUUGCGGUGAGUGUUGGUAUUUCCUAAAAAACGCUAGCAACUUCAAAAGUCUGAUGGUAAGUUAUUUAA